AUGGAACGGAAUAGUUCAAAAGACACAUCUGUGGCCGAUACCUAUCUGUUCCUUGCAGACUAUCAGAACAUCUGGCCUGUUUGCAAUAUUCUGUACAAGUAUCUACAAAAUAAAAUGUCAUCUGAGAAGAGGGCAAGCCGCAAAGAAGCAGUCAAAGAAAGUGAUGAGUACAAUGACCGUGCCGAAGAAGAAGAUAUAGAAGAGGAUUACUUUGACAUGCCUGAACGAGAGGAUGAGGAAGAACAGAGAGAGGAAGAAGAGAAUGAGGAAGAAGAGAGUGAGGAAGAAGAGAGAGAGGAAGAAGAGGAAGAGGAAGAAGAGGGAGAGGAAGAAGAGGGUGAGGAAGAAGAGGGUGAGGAAGAAGAGGGUGAGGAAGAAGAGGACGAGGAAGAAGAGGACGAGGAAGAAGAGGGUGAGGAAGAAGAAGGCAAGGGAGAAGGAGAUGAGGAAGGAGAGAACAAGGAAGGAGAGGAUGAGGAAGGAGAGAACAAGAAAGGAGAGAACGAGAAAGAGACGAGGCCUGUUGCUUCUGCUAAUAAGGGGAAGCACCGGCUCCUCGAGCUGGACCGUGCUCUUGCUGAACUCUCUGAUUUGUCUGAAGACACGCCCUUGCACCACGAAAAUGCUCGUAAAGAGCAGGCUGUAAGGGGUCACGUACAGCCUGGACGACAGGCCGCGGAAGGUCACACACAGCCCAGACAACACAUCGUGCCACAGCUUGCUACUCAUUCUAGUUCUCGUCGCUUGUCUUCUGAGCUCUUGAGUCUUGCCGAUAGUUCUUCUGUGGGUGCUAAAGUAUUUUGUCGCUGCCACUCACCACUGCCUUCCUGGCCACCGAGUCCUGAACUGCCAUCUGCAUCAAAUCACACUUGGCUACUUGCUAACUCUGAAGGUACCAGACCUUCGUCCACAGCCUCUGCUAACUGUGAUGGCCCUGACAACAACUGCAAUAAUGAUCUUGGCGACGGUGUUGACAACAGUUUCAAUGACGGUUCUGGCAACAGCUCUGGUGACAAUUCUGGUGAACAUGCCGUGUACGCAAUGUUUGCAGAGCGCAAAACGGCAGCAAAACAUCCGGACAAGUGUUCUGUCCACUCAUGCAACGACCUCAUUCCGACAACCAUUGCCGAACGACUCCAGUACCUGCUCACAGAAAAGAAGAAGAAGAAACCCAAAACAACCCCUCAACAUGAGUGGGACUGCUGUCUCGAGUCCAUCAAUCAAGAGAUCUGCACCCAAAUCUCAUCAGACGCUGUUCGCAAAGAGGAACGGCAAGCUGGAUAUCCUAGCCUCAUAGAUUAUAAUAGCCUGGCGAUCCGUACUCUGCGCCUCAAACCUCUUCUUGAUAGCCUUAUCGAGAAGGGGGCUCUUGCGCCCACUGCAAGUGAGCUAAUUGGUAUUGCUGACAGUGCUAGCACAGGUUGCGGACCAGGAGAACGACUGUUCUUCACAAUCAACAUGCUUAACAACAAGACCUGA